UCCCGGAUUCCGGAUUCCGGGUUUCGGAUUUCAAACGCUUCUCUCUCACGUCUAACGCCGCGUCUGACCAGCAAGAAGCGAAAAAGAGAGAGAGAGAGAGCGCGCGCGAGGAAGGCGAAGCCAACGCUGCAAGUAGAAGCACUGAAACGCCUCUCUGCUCUCUGUCCUCCCUCUUCCUCGACUGAUCAACAAACCUCUCGUUCUUCUCCACCUGUUCAUCCCACUCUCUCUCUCUCUCUCUCUCUCUCCCCUCAAUUCUUCUCGCCGUCUUCCUUGACCAAUCCACAUGUCCAGCGCAAUUGAAAAGUAAGUCAACAAGACAGUAGAGGGUUGUUGAAACUAGGUAUUUCGCCGCGAUUCUCGACUGAGCAGCGGUGCUGCUGGCCUGAGGAAGUGAAAAACCCUAGAUCCUUUUGCCCCUUUCACCGGACGUCGAAUUGACGUGGAUCGGAUGAGCUAACUAGGUUAUACGAUUCUUCGAGUUUAUUGAGAGGAGAAGGGCGAAGGACGAUGAUGGGGUCGAGGGGGCUUUUUGGGUGGUCACCACCCCACAUGCAGCCGCUCACGCCGGUAUCAGAGGUGUCGGAGCCGCCGGAGUCUCCAUCACCCUACAUGGAUUAUGGCGUGGAAGCGGUGCCGGAUUGGUUUCUUAUGGCAGUUGGAGCUCUGGCUGCUGCUGCGCAUGGGAUGGCCCUGGUUAUUUACUUGCAUUUCUUUGGGAGGUCCAUCAAUCUGCUUAGUCCAUCUAAUUUGAAUCAUAAAAGCGCGGACGAGGUUUUUCAUCAGUAUAAGCAGCAUGCUCUGUACAUUAUUUAUAUUGCAGCUGGUGUAUUUGCUGCUGCAUGGAUCGAGGUCUCUUGCUGGAUUAUUACUGGAGAGAGGCAGACUGCAGUCAUCAGGUCAAAAUAUGUCCAAGUAUUACUAAACCAGGACAUGAGCUUUUUUGAUACUUAUGGGAACAAUGGAGACAUCGUUAGUCAAGUUUUGAGUGACGUUUUACUCAUUCAAUCUGCUCUGAGCGAGAAGGUUGGAAAUUACAUACAUAAUAUGGCUACUUUUUUUGGCGGUCUUGUCAUUGGUCUGAUUAAUUGCUGGCAAAUUGCACUCUUGACCCUGGGUACAGGUCCAUUUAUUGUUGCUGCUGGUGGCAUAUCAAACAUAUUUCUACAUAGACUUGCUGAGAACAUUCAAGACGCAUAUGCUGAAGCUGCAAGCAUAGCUGAACAGGCCAUCACUUACAUUAAAACGUUGUAUGCAUUUACAAAUGAGACAUUGGCAAAGUACUCUUAUGCUACUUCACUGCAAGCAACACUGCGAUAUGGAAUAUUGAUUAGUCUUGUGCAAGGUCUAGGACUUGGAUUCACAUAUGGACUAGCCAUAUGUUCUUGCGCUUUACAACUUUGGGUUGGAAGGUUCCUGGUGUUGCACGCAAAAGCAAAUGGCGGCGAGAUCAUAACUGCUCUAUUUUCUGUGAUUUUGAGCGGCCUGGGGUUAAAUCAAGCAGCAACAAAUUUCUAUUCAUUUGAGCAAGGGAGGAUUGCUGCUUAUAGACUUUAUGAGAUGAUAAGCCGCUCAGCUUCCACUGCCGAUCAUGAUGGAAAUACCCUAUCUUCUGUACAAGGAAACAUCGAAUUCCGCAACGUAUAUUUUAGCUACUUAUCUCGUCCCGAAAUACCCAUUCUAAGUGGGUUCUCCUUGACUGUUCCUUCAAGAAAAACAGUGGCUCUUGUUGGUAGGAAUGGUUCAGGAAAAAGCAGCAUAAUUCCUCUCAUGGAACGUUUCUAUGAUCCUACAUUAGGAGAAGUACUUUUGGAUGGAGAAAAUAUAAAAAAUUUGAAGCUUGAAUGGUUGAGAAGCCAAAUAGGACUUGUCACACAGGAGCCAGCAUUAUUAAGUCUAAGCAUUAGGGACAACAUUGCAUAUGGGAGAUCUGCUACUUUUGAUCAGAUCGAAGAGGCUGCCAAGACAGCACAUGCACAUACAUUUAUUAGCUCGCUUACAAAGGGAUAUGAUACACAGGUUGGAAGGGCUGGCUUAGUAUUAACAGAAGAGCAAAUGAUAAAGCUUUCUAUUGCUCGGGCUGUACUUUCAAAUCCAUCUAUUCUUCUUCUGGAUGAGGUCACAGGUGGUCUUGAUUUUGAUGCAGAAAGAUCUGUUCAGGAGGCGUUGGACAUACUCAUGCUUGGGAGGUCAACCAUAAUCAUAGCUAGACGUCUUGGCCUUAUAAGAAAUGCUGAUUAUAUAGCAGUGAUGGAGGAAGGUCAACUUGUAGAAAUGGGUACACAUGAAGAAUUGCUCACCCUGGAUGGCCUUUAUGCAGAGCUUCUCAGAUGCGAAGAAGCAGCAAAACUCCCUAAAAGGACACCUAUCAAGAAUCAUAAAUAUCCUGGUACUUUUCAAAUUGAAAAGGAUUCAUCUGAUAAUCAUUUUCUCCAAGAACCAUCAUCUCCUAAGAUGGUGAAGUCCUUCUCGCUUCACAGGGCUCGUGGGUUUAAUACUGUUAAGCUUCCGGAUGGUAAUCGAAGCCUACAGGAAUCACCAAAGGUUCGCAGCCCUCCCUCGGAGCGAAUUAUGGAAAAUGGGAUGCCCAUGAUAGUUACAGAAAGAGUUCCAUCCAUUAAACGACAGGAUAGUUUCGAAAUGAGGUUGCCUGAACUUCCCAAGAUCGACGUACAUUCACUUAAUCGGCAAACCUCGAACAAUUCAGAUCCAGAAUCUCCCAUAUCUCCGCUUUUGACUUCAGAUCCCAAAAAUGAGCGCUCCCAUUCAAGCACUUUCAGCCGUCCACUUAAUAAGUUUAAUGAUUCACCCGUCAUGAAACGAAGACACACAGGAGACUCGAAGCAUCUGAAGCCACCAUCAUUUUGGAAGCUUGUUGAGCUUAGUUUCACAGAAUGGCUUUAUGCUCUCCUGGGAAGCGUUGGUGCUGCCAUUUUUGGAUCAUUUAAUCCUAUUUUUGCUUACACUGUCGCAUUGAUAAUGGCGGCAUAUUAUAGAAUUGGUGUUGACGAUGUUCAAAAUGAAGUUAACAAAUGGUGUCUCGUCAUUUCUUGUUUGGGCCUUAUCACUGUGCUUGCAAAUUUUUUGCAACAUUUUUAUUUCGGCAUUAUGGGGGAGAAGAUGACCGAGCGAAUUCGAAGGAUGAUGUUCUCGGCCAUGUUACGCAACGAAGUAGGAUGGUAUGAUGAGGACGAGAACAGUGUGGACAUAUUAUCAAUGCGCUUGGCAAAUGACGCCACAUUUGUUCGUGCAGCUUUCAGUAAUAGACUUUCGAUAUUUAUACAGGACACUGCCGCUGUCGUUGUGGCUGUUGUUAUCGGAAUGCUACUCGAGUGGCGGAUUGCAUUAGUUGCUUUGGCCACUUUGCCCGUUCUUACAGUCUCUGCUAUUGCACAGAAAAUGUGGCUCGCUGGAUUCUCAAGAGGCAUCCAGGAGAUGCACAGGAAGGCCUCUUUGGUUCUUGAAGAUGCCGUUAGGAACAUCUACACCGUCGUCGCAUUCUGUGCCGGUAACAAGGUGAUGGAACUUUAUGGGUUGCAGCUAAGUGGAAUAUUAAAGAAGAGCUUUUUCCAUGGUAUGGGUAUUGGUUUCGCCUUCGGCUUCUCACAAUUCCUACUUUUUUCCUGUAAUGCUCUUCUCCUUUGGUACACCGCCGUCUCCGUUCAUAACGGCCACCUCAAACUAGUCACAGCUCUCAAAGAAUACAUGGUUUUCUCCUUCGCCACCUUCGCAUUAGUCGAGCCUUUUGGUUUAGCUCCUUAUAUCUUAAAAAGGAGGAACUCACUCAUUUCCGUAUUCGAAAUUAUCGACCGAGUUCCUGUGAUAGAUCCGGAUGACAACUCUGGCGUUAAACCGCCGACCGUCUAUGGAAGCAUCGAGCUUAAAAACAUCGACUUUUGCUAUCCAAAUCGUCCCGAUCUAAUGGUGCUGAAUAAUUUCUGUAUCAAAGUUGGCGGCGGACAAACGGUUGCCGUGGUGGGUGUUUCUGGCUCCGGAAAGAGCACGAUUAUUUCCCUAAUCGAGAGAUUUUACGAUCCUGUUUCUGGCCAGAUCCUAUUGGACGGUCGUGAUUUAAAGCAUUUUAAUUUAAGAUGGUUGCGAAGCCACAUGGGUUUGGUACAGCAGGAGCCCAUCAUCUUCUCAACCACAAUCAGAGAGAACAUCAUAUAUGCUCGACAUAAUGCGACCGAAGCCGAAAUGAAAGAAGCGGCGAGAAUAGCGAAUGCCCACCAUUUUAUCAGCAGUUUGCCCCAUGGCUACGACACACACGUUGGCAUGAGAGGAGUCGAUUUAACACCCGGUCAGAAGCAGCGGAUCGCUAUUGCUCGUGUAGUUCUAAAAAAUGCGCCUAUAUUGCUGUUAGAUGAAGCGAGCUCCGCCAUCGAGUCUGAGUCGAGCCGAGUUGUUCAAGAAGCACUUGAUACGCUAGUUAUAGGGAACAAGACGACUAUACUUAUUGCUCAUAGAGCGGCUAUGAUGCGACAUGUGGAUAACAUUGUGGUUCUUAAUGGCGGCAAGAUAGUCGAGCAGGGCAGCCAUGAUGCGUUGGUUCAGAUGAAUGGACUCUAUGUUCGGUUAAUGCAGCCGCAUUUCAGUAAAGGACUUCGGCAGCAUCGGCUCUUGUAAGCAUCCUUUCUAUAAUCUCUGUAAAUUAUCUUUUUAGAUUGAAGUUCUCUCAUUCAUGAAUUUCCUUGACUCCUCGAUUUUCAUGACACUCGAGAUGAGAUUAUAGCAGAUAGAUUUGGGGUUUAGAGGUCAGUGUAGCAGUGAAGCUUUGGUAGGAUCAGUCUCUUUGUAUUCUUUCCCAGGCUUUGAUUGGCCUUAUUGUAUUAAUUCGUCAGUCUUAGGGUUUAGGGUUGUGAGAUAUGUUAACUAUAGGGACUUAUUUUAUAUUGCUUCAGAUUUCGUUGAAACUCACUUCAGUAGAUCUUAGGAGUAAAAAUUGUGGGAAUUCUUGCAAUGUAUAUAUUAAUAUAUUCCAUGUA